UUAUCAAGUUUAUGUUUUGAGCAUUUCUCAACAAAAUACACGCACAUUGAUGUCGAUUGCAACAGCAUUUAAGAAGAACUACCAAGGCCUAUAUCAUUGACCCCUGUGGUAGAACGAGCUACAACAACCAGUCAGAUGGCAAAGUCAUACAGUGAUGCGGUGCAGAAUGCAAUUAACCGGAAGAAAGCUUCAAACAAAUAUUGUGCUUGUAAAAAACUGAUCUUAUGUGAGCCAGAUAUUGACGAUGUGCAUAUGGAAGUAGAGGUUGGGUUGCCAGCAACACAAAGCCAGAGCGACUACGAAUUUGUUGUUCGGGGGCUAGAAACAAACGAUGCAUCGGUACCCAAGUAUGAAGACCAUGUAUAUGCAAAAGCAGUGUCCUAGUCAGCCUCGGUUAGCUUCAACAUCAACCAGUGUCCAGACCAAAGAUCAGUCAUACUGCCAGGAUGAACACAUCUUUAAGGCACGUCCUAUAACAGAGACUUAUGUCCAGACAGACUUAAAUGCAAAAUGUGAUAAGACAGUUCAGAUUGACUCUUUUGAUGGUGAUAUCAUGUGUAAGAAUUUGACUGAAAUCAAACAGAAAAACCAGAUGAAAAUCAUAAAAACUUUAAAGGAUAAAGUGACAGACCUGUCCAAGGAACGCACUGAACUGAAGAGGAGAGUGUUCUCAUCUUCAAAUAUGCUUCAUUCCAAUGACCAGGUCCAGUUUUACACUGGACUUCCAAAUUUAGAGACUUAUAAUGCACUGUUUAAUUAUUUACAACCAAAGGCACUAAAUUUGACUUAUUGGCGAGGCAAAAGCAUGACAAAAACUCAUUCGAGACUAGGGGGCACAAAACUGUCUCUUGAAGAACAGUUCUUCAUGACUUUGGUUAGACUCCGGCUCAAUCUGUCAGUUGAAGAUUUAUCUGACCGGUUUGGGGUCUCUGUUGGAACAAUAUCAUCAGUUUUCAACACAUGGUGUCGAUUUUUACGCCUGGAACUUGAAGACCUUUUCCCGUACCCUUCCGCUGAACAGGUUCAAAGGAAUGUGCCUUCUUCAUUUUCCAAAUACCCAAACACCAGAUUAAUUAUUGACUGUACAGAAAUAUUUGUUCAAAAACCAUCUGCUCUGAAAGCACAGCGUCAAACCUGGUCCAACUACAAGCAUAGAAACACACAUAAAAUUUUGGUAGGAAUCACACCAGACCUGAUGGAACUGUUGUAUUUAUUUCCUCAUUGUUUGGUGGGUCUGCGUAAGAUAAAUUUAUAGUAAAGCAUAGUGGACUUUUGAAACUGAUUGAAGUAGGUGACAAUAUAAUGGCAGAUCGUGGUUUUGACAUUCAGGCACAGCUGUCUAAACUAGGUGCUCAUCUGAACAUGCCACCAUUCCGCAGUGGAAGUUACCAAUUGACUCCUGAACAGGUGGAGGAGACACGGCGAAUUGCAGAAGUUCGUAUUCAUGUGGAGCGAGCAAUACAGCGAAUAAAGACAUUUUCCAUAUUGUGUGGAACAAUGCCAAUUACUCUGCACAUGGUUGCGGAGGACAUAUUUAAAACAUGUGCAUACCUGACAAACUUCCAAACACCUAUAUUGAAAUCUGAGUAAUAGAGACUGUUUUUAGUUGUCAUCUACACAACAUCUACACAAACUUGUUGUUUGAUGUUAAGAAGUAAUAGAAUUAAAAAGUUAA